GAUUAACUAUUCGCUGGGUCUGUAGUUACUAAAGGAACUGCGUGGUUAGCUGUUAGCACCAGACAUGGGACACACAACGCAACGUCCUGGGUUACUUUAUACUCACUACUAGAUGGUACUCCACGGUUCUAUUCUUCUGAAGUCUGUGCCCUGGUGGUGACCCCUACGACGGGUGAAGAGGAGGAUCAUGGGUACGGGCAGUCAGGUCCGAUUGCUGCUGUGGAAGAACUGGACCCUUCGCAAGAGACAGAAGAUGCGGUUCUUCAUGGAGAUUAUGUGGCCAGUGGUUCUGUUCAUUGGACUAGUGUGGCUGAGGACAGCUAACCCUUUAUACCGUCAACAUGAGUGUCACUUUCCCAACAAGGCCAUGCCCUCGACUGGCAUCCUUCCAUGGAUCCAAGGAAUCUUCUGCAAUGCCAACAACCCAUGCUUCCAGUACACCACCAGGGGAGAGGGCCCCGGGCUCGUCUCCAACUACAAUGAUUCCAUACUGGCUCGGUUCUACUUGGACGCCCAGGAGCUUCUUCUGAGUGACCCAGAGUUCCUGCAGCUGGGUCGGCUCUGGAGGGAACUGUUCACCAUGAGCACCUUCAUGGACACCCUGCGGACCAGCCCAGAACAGGUCUCAGGUCGAGGGCUGAAGGUAGAGGACAUUCUGAAGGAUGAUGAGACCCUGACGUCCUUUCUCCUAAGGGAUGUUCCUCUGUCAGAGUUUGUGGUCAAUGAGCUGGUCAAUGCCAAGAUCAGGCCUGAGCAGUUUGUGUUUGGCGUCCCUGACCUCCACCUGAAGGACAUUGCCUGCAGUCAGACCCUGCUGGAGCAGUUCAUCAUCUUCCCCAGCCGCAGGGGGCUGUACAGGGUGCACAGCAGCAUUUGUGCCCUCACACCACAGAGACUACAGACCAUAGAGGACAGGCUCUACGCCAACGUGGACUUCUUUAAACUCUUCCGUCAGCUUCCCCGGGUGUUGGAUAACCACUCCAGCGGUGUUGACCUACACUUCUGGGCCAGAGUACUCUCUGCCACCUACGAAAAGCUGCGAGAGUUGUCAGAGAGGAACAGCUCCAAAGCGCUGGUGGAGGUGAUGUCCCCCCUGCUCCAGUCCCAGGUGGGCUCUCCCCCAUCUUUCAGACAGCUGAUGGGGGCUGUGUCCAGCCUGGUGUGUGGCUACAUGGAGGGGGGCUUCUCUCGGGUGGCCUCCUUCAACUGGUAUGAGGACAACAACUACAAGGCCUUCAUGGGGAUCAACGAUAGCACCCGGGGAGGACAGGGACAGUACAUCUACGACCAUACCGCCACUCCGUUCUGUAAUGAUCUGAUGAAGGAGCUAGAGUCCAAUCCCAUCACCAGGAUCAUGUGGAGCUCUGUCAAGCCCAUGAUGAUGGGGAAGAUCCUCUACGCACCCGACUCCCCAGCCGUCAGAAAGAUCAUCAGAAACGCCAACACCACAUUUGAGGAGCUGGAGAGGCUGAGGACCAUGGGUCGGGCCUGGGAGGAGGUGGGCCCUCAGGUCUGGGCCUUCUUCCAGGACAGCGUUCAGAUGAACAUGAUCAGGGAUACCAUACGGAAUCCCACGGUGAGGGACUACAUUGACAGGAGUCUACAGGACACAGAGUUCUCCUCAAAACACAUCCUCAACUUCCUGUACAACGGGCCAAUAGAAGACAGGGACUAUGACAUGGCCAACUUUGAUUGGAGGAAUGUCUUCAACUUCACAGACCAAGUCAUCCGUAUGAUGAACCAGUAUGGAGAGUGUCUGAUCCUGGAUAAGUUCUCUGGGCUGAACGAUGAGGAGCAGAUGACCCACAGAGCUCUGAGUCUGAUGGGGGAGAGUAAGUUCUGGGCUGGCCUGGUCUUCAUGGACACCUACCCCUGGACCACCAAGGUUCCACCCCACGUCCGGUUCAAGAUCCGCAUGGACAUCGACUCAGUGGAGCGCACCAAUAAGAUCAAGGACAGAUACUGGGACCCUGGUCCUAGGGCCGACCCUGUGGAUGAUCUCCGUUACGUGUGGGGGGGGUUUGCCUAUCUGCAAGACAUGAUAGAGCAUGGCAUCAUCAGGACCCAGACAGGCAAGGACUGGCCCCUCGGUGUCUACCUACAACAGAUGCCGUACCCAUGCUACGUGGACGACCUCUUCAUGCUGACAUUGAACCGUUGCUUCCCCAUCUUCAUGGUGCUGGCGUGGGUCUACUCAGUGUCUAUGACCGUGAAGAGCAUCGUCUUGGAGAAGGAGCUCAGGCUCAAAGAGACCCUGAAGACCAUGGGGGUCACCAAUGGGGUUCUGUGGGUCACAUGGUUCAUAGACAGCUUCCUCAUGAUGGCUGCCAGCACUUCCCUGCUCACUGUGAUCAUUAUGGGUGGUAAGGUGUUGAACUACAGCAACCCUCUGAUCCUGUUCCUGUUUCUGCUAACCUUCACCACGGCCACCAUCAUGCAGUGUUUCCUACUCAGUGUCUUCUUUAACAAGGCCAACCUGGCUGCAGCCUGCAGCGGUAUCAUCUACUUCACCCUCUACCUGCCCCACAUCCUCUGCUUUGCAUGGCAGGACCGCAUCACCAAGGAUGACAAGAUCAUGGCAAGCCUGAUGUCCCAGGUGGCGUUUGGCUUUGGGACAGAGUACUUGUCCCGUUAUGAGGAGCAGGGUCUGGGUCUGCAGUGGGACAACAUCCAGACCAGCCCUCUGGAGGGGGAUGAGUACUCCUUCCUCACCUCCAUCUCUAUGAUGGCCCUGGAUACUGUACUCUACGCAGUCCUUGCCUGGUACCUCGACAACGUCUUCCCAGGGCAGUAUGGAAUUGGUCGGCCAUUUUAUUUCCCCAUCCUGCCCUCCUAUUGGCUCAACUCCAGACCCCCAAAGCCAAAAGAAUUGGAGAAACCCAGGUUUGACAACCUGGUAAACCAGGCUGAAGAGAAGCAGAAGACCAAUCAUGAACCAGGUGACGAACAGAAGACUAAGGCACCAGAUGAGGAGCUGCCAUCCUGCAAACACCAGGACAAACGAGAAAGGCUGGGGAAGGGGAAAACAGAGGAGGAGGAGGAGGAGGAGGAGGAGAACAAGAAGAACCAGGAGGAAAAACAAAAUGGAGAAAAAGAGGGUCAGCCCAGCCAUGCCUACUUUGAGGGGGAACCGGCAGGACUGGUGGAGGGUGUGUGUGUUCAGAACCUGGUCAAGGUGUUUGGUAGGGGACAAAAACCUGCGGUAGACGGACUGAGCAUCACCUUCUAUGAGAGCCAGAUCACUGCUUUCCUGGGGCAUAAUGGAGCUGGGAAGACCACCACCUUGUCUAUCCUGACGGGGAUGUUCCCUCCCACCUCUGGGACAGCCUCCAUCUAUGGGAAGGACAUCCGGACAGACAUGGACACCAUCAGGCACUCUCUGGGCAUGUGUCCCCAACACAACAUCCUCUUUCACCAUAUGACCGUAGAAGAACACAUCCUGUUCUACAGCCUGCUGAAGGGGAGGUCUCUGUCUGAGGCUCAGCUGGAGGUAGAGAACAUGCUGGAGGAUCUGGGCCUGCCCCACAAGAGAGACGAGGAGGCACAGAACCUCUCAGGCGGCAUGCAAAGGAAGUUGUCUGUUGCUAUGGCGUUUGUGGGCGGUGCCAAGGUGGUGAUCCUGGACGAGCCCACAUCGGGGGUGGACCCCUACUCCAGACGAUCUAUCUGGGACCUACUACUCAAGUACCGAUCAGGACGUACAGUGAUUCUGUCCACUCACCACAUGGACGAGGCUGACCUGUUGAGUGACCGUGUGGCCAUCAUCUCUCAGGGUCGUCUUCACUGCUGCGGCUCCCCGCUCUUCCUCAAGAACUGCUUCGGUGCCGGGUUCUACCUCACCCUGGUUCGACGAAUGAAAUACGAGGGACCCAGGACCAAGAUGAAGUGUGACUGUACUGAUGAGUGUUCGUGUAAAUGCUCCACCUGUACCACGUACAAAGAAGAGUCACCUCAAGCCAAAACCCCGGACAGACAGAUGGACGGUGACUUGUCAAGCAUCACAGGGCUGGUCCACCACCAUGUCCCAGAGGCCCGUUUGAUCGAGGCUAUCGGCCAGGAGUUGACCUACCUGCUGCCCAACCAGGGCUUCCAGCCCAGGGCCUACGCCUCCCUCUUCAGAGAGCUGGAGGAAACCCUCUCUGACAUCGGCCUCAGCAGCUUCGGGGUCUCCGACACAUCACUGGAGGAGAUAUUCCUGAAAGUGACAGCGGAUGGUGAAGCCAAAUCUGGCAAAACUACACAAGACCAGAGAUUGUGGCAGCAGACACCUCGACCCAGUGUAGGACACCACAAAGUAGCACUUUAUGUCGACCAAUCUGAAGAGGCAGACGGGGAGACCGAGGCCAACAGGCAGGGGAAUUCUGGGGGCUCGGAGGGCAGCGAGGGGCGGGGCUCUAGACAGGUCAAAGGUGUCUGUCUGGUCCUGAAACAGUUAUUUGCCCUGCUCAUCAAACGGUUUCACCACGCCACAAGAUCACAUAAGGACUUCUUUGCUCAGAUAGUUUUGCCUGCCAGUUUUUUGUUCGUAUCACUGAUGUUCACUACGAUCGUACCUCCGUUUGGAGAGUACCCCAGCCUGACCCUUAGUCCCUGGAUGUAUGGACGACAGUUCACCUUCUUCAGUAACGAGCGUAUCCUGGACCCUGAGAUGAGGUACUUUGGAGAGGUGCUGCUGAACAAGCCUGGCUUUGGGACUCGCUGCAUGGUGGAUGAACCUCUGGAGGAUUUCCCAUGUAAUAACAUCACAACGGAGUGGGAGAUGCCGCUACUGAACCCUGCUCUGAUAGACAUGUUGGAUGGACCAGAGUGGACCGCAGUUAACCCUUCCCCAGGCUGCCAGUGUAGUACCCCUAGGAAACUCACCAUGCUGCCUGUCUGCCCUGAGGGAGCAGGGGGGAUAACACCACCACAGAGGAUCCAGUCGACAGGUGAUGUUGUGGUGGACCUAACAGGCAGGAAUAUCUCUGAUUACCUGGUGAAGACUUACCCCUCCCUCAUCAAGGCCAGUUUGAAGAGCAAAUACUGGGUGAAUGAACAAAGGUAUGGAGGUAUAUCUGUCGGGGGACAGCUUCCUGUGUUAGAUGUGGACCCUAAGACCAUCCAGGACGCAGCGUCACAGCUGGGACGACUGCUCAAUGUUACUGGGGGUAAAUACUCCAAACAAACUCUGAAGGACAUAGGAACCUUCCUCCGAUACAUGGAGAGUGAAUACAAUGUCAAGGUGUGGUACAACAACAAGGGCUGGCAUGCCAUGGUGGCCUUCAUGAACGUGGCCAACAACGCCAUCCUCAGAGCCAACCUGCCCAAAGAUGCCAGCCUGGAUGUAUACGGCAUCACCACUAUCAACCACCCUCUCAACCUUACCAAGGAACAAUUGUCUGAAGUCACUGUUCUGAGCACCUCAGUGGAUGCGAUGGUGGCUAUCUGUGUUGUCUUCGCCAUGUCCUUUGUCCCAGCCUCCUUUGUGCUCUACCUCAUCCAGGAGAGGGUGACCCAGGCCAAACACCUCCAGUUCGUCAGCGGGGUCAGUCCCGUCAUCUACUGGAUGGCCAACUUCCUCUGGGACAUGGUGAAUUACUCUAUCAGUGCAGCACUGGUGGUGGCUAUUUUCAUGGUCUUUGACAAGAAGUGCUACACGUCGCCAACCAACCUCCAACCCCUGACAGCCCUGCUCAUGCUCUAUGGGUGGUCUGUGACGCCCAUGAUGUACCCCAUGUCCUACAUCUUCAGUAUUCCCAGCACAGCCUACGUCUCUCUGUCCUGCAUCAACCUGUUCAUUGGCAUCAACAGCAGUGCCAUCACCUUCAUCCUUGACCUGUUUGACAGCACAGCGGCGCUGUAUAAGUGUAACCAGCUGCUGAAGAAAAUGCUGCUGAUCUUCCCCCACUAUUGUCUUGGCCGGGGUCUGAUCGACAUGGCUAUGAAUCAGGCUGUUACUGACGUCUAUGCCCGCUUUGGCGAGGACUUCAGUCUGGACCCCUACAGUUGGGACUUUGUAGGGAAGAACCUGGUCUUCAUGGCUGUUGAGGGCUUUGUCUAUUUCAUCAUGAACAUCCUGAUCCAGUACCGCUUCUUCCUGGAUCACUGGAUCACAGAUUGUAAGACGGAUCCCAUCAUGGAGGAAGACGUGGAUGUGGCCCAGGAGAGAGAACGCAUCUAUAAUGGGGGAAGCAAGAAUGACAUCUUAAAGAUUAGAGACCUCACCAAGACAUACAUGGGGAAGACAAAGCCAGCUGUGGACAGGAUCUGUGUGGGAGUGUCACCUGGGGAGUGCUUUGGGCUCCUGGGUGUGAAUGGAGCAGGGAAGACCACCACCUUUAAAAUGCUGACCGGAGACACUGAUGUCAGCUCAGGAGAAGCCUCUGUCACUGGUCACAGCAUCCUUACCAAUAUCCUGGACGUGCACCAGAACAUGGGCUACUGCCCGCAGUUUGAUGCCAUAGAUGAUCUGCUGACUGGCAGAGAGCACCUCCAUCUGUAUGCCCGCCUCAGAGGGGUGCCUGAGUCCGAGAUCAGCAAGGUGGCAGACUGGGCAAUUCAGAAGCUGGGUCUGGCUGACUAUGCUGGCCACACAGCCGGGACCUACAGCGGCGGCAACAAGAGAAAACUAUCCACGGCCAUUGCCAUGAUCGGCUGUCCUCCUCUGGUCCUGCUGGACGAGCCCACGACAGGCAUGGACCCCCACUCACGUCGUUUCCUGUGGAACUCCAUAAUGAGUGUAAUCCAAGAUGGCCGAGCAGUGGUCCUCACCUCACACAGUAUGGAGGAGUGUGAGGCUCUGUGUACCCGUCUGGCUAUUAUGGUCAAUGGCACCUUCCAGUGUCUUGGUACCAUCCAGCACCUCAAAUACAAGUUUGGUGAUGGUUACGUGGUCACCAUGAAGAUCCAGGCCUCCACACCAGGUUGUCCCCCAGACCUGAACCCAGCCGAGGCCUUCAUGGAGAGCACCUUCCCUGGCUGUGUCCAGAGGGAGAAACACUACAACACUCUGCAGUAUGAAAUCGCCUCUUCCUCCCUGGCUAGGAUCUUCCAGCUGGUCCUGGCCAACAAGGACCGCCUCAAUAUAGAGGACUACACCGUCUCCCAGACAACACUAGAUCAGGUGUUUGUGAACUUUGCCAAGCAGCAGUCAGGAGAGGACGACGGCAUGGUGCUGCAUCCGAGGGCCGCUGGGGCACGGAGAAAAGAAAUCAAGGUCACACCCCUAAGUUGUCUGGGGAAAUGAGCCGUCCCUCCCCACACGCACAGACACACACACAUGCGCGUUUGUGCGUAAACACUCGCACACACCCACACACAUGCACGCGUAAACACACACACACACACACACACACACACACACACACACACACACACACACCAGAAACUCAGACAGGAAUAGUUGUCUGGGGAAUUGAACGCUGAACGCUCCUAGAGGAACGUGGAGGAUAGUGGAGAAUGUUGACUAGUUGGUGACACUACUGGUGACUGGUGAGAGACUAGUUGGUGAUACUACUGGUGACUGGUGAGAGACUAGUUGGUGACACUACUGGUGACUGGUGAGAGACUAGUUGGUGACACUACUGGUGACUGGUGAGAGACUAGUUGGUGAUACUACUGGUGACUGGUGAGAGACUAGUUGGUGACACUACUGGUGACUGGUGAGAGACUAGUUGGUGACACUACUGGUGACUGGUGAGAGACUAGUUGGUGACACUACUGGUGACUGGUGAGAGACUAGUUGGUGAUACUACUGGUGACUGGUGAGAGACUAGUUGGUGACACUACUGGUGACUGGUGAGAGACUAGUUGGUGACACUACUGGUGACUGGUGAGAGACUAGUUGGUGACACUACUGGUGACUGGUGAGAGACUAGUUGGUGACACUACUGGUGACUGGUGAGAGACUAGUUGGUGACACUACUGGUGACUGGUGAGAGACUAGUUGGUGACACUACUGGUGACUGGUGAGAGACUAGUUGGUGACACUACUGGUGACUGGUGAGAGACUAGUUGGUGACACUACUGGUGACUGGUGAGAGACUAGUUGGUGACACUACUGGUGAC